ACAAAGAAAAGGGAAAACUAGCAGAACAACUUUAGCCUCUAGGUCUGUCCUUUUACCUGCAAUAUUUGUCUUUCCAUUUUUGAUGCAAAAACAACACAAAGGUUAUUCCUCGACAAUCACGCACGCACUUGCACACACAAACGCGGGCUAUAAAAGCCUGUCUGCCGCUAGGAUCCACAUCUGCACAUCACAGGAGCUCAGGUCUGUCAACAUGAAGCUGAUACUCUCCAUGUUCGUUGCGGCCGUCUUGCUCUCUGAUGUCGAAGCAGGCCGCUCGCUGGUGUUUCCUGAGGAGACCGCCAGCAGCCUCGUGGAGCUGACUCCCGCAAAGCCACUCAGCCUGGACGCCUUCACGCUCUGCCUGAGGUUCGCCACGGAGCUCAAAGGGAAGCGUGAGGUCAUCCUCUUCGCCUACCGCACGCAGUAUUUCGACGAACUCAACGUGUGGCGCGAGACAGACGGCAGGCUGUCCCUCUACCUGAGCGGACCGGGGGCUUUCUUUGAGGUUCCGGAGCUUGGACCGCUGGCGAACCACGUGUGUUUGACCUGGGAGUCGCUGACGGGGCGAACCACGAUGUACGUCAACGGCCGGAGUUCUGCGUCCCAGAUCUAUCAGAGGGGCCACAUGGUGCGGCCGGGGGGCAAGGUGAUCCUGGGCCAGGACCCCGACAACUUCCUUGGAGACUUCCAGGCCGAGCAGAGUUUUGUGGGAGAGAUCUUCGGGGUGAACAUGUGGGACCACGUUCUGCCUUCAGUCGCAAUUCAGCUGCUGUCCACUGGGGAAGAUUUCUCCGAUGCCAACGUCCUUGACUGGGCCACGGUGACUAUUAUACCCACUGGGAGCGUUGUUGAGUUUCAGAAAAGAUCCCUAGAUCUGAAACCCAGCACCCAUGCACCAUUCUAAUAAAGCCACCGUGCAUCAUGA